UUCCGAUCGUAGUCAAACUACCGAGUAAAGUUCUGAAGAAACCAAACUUUUCCCCGCCAUGGCGGGACCAUCACCGGGGCAUUGCCCCUACCCGGUUGAAGGAACUUUGCCAGCUUACAUGACAACCCGUCACAACGAUGGAAUACUGCGUGUGUUAUUGCUUCGUGCCAGAGAAUCGAACGAAAAGGAUGUUGAUCAAACCCAAAAUACCCAACCCAACAAACAAAAAGAACCAGCUCGAUUGCCAUCAAAUCCCUUCCUCAUUGCCCGUUCUAUUGAAGCAGUUAUCGGGUACGAAAACCGAUCUUUGGUAACCGCCACAAAGGAAGCAAGAGGUACAAGAACAAACUUUCAUCCGACGGGUCCUACAACACCACAUAGAAGGCUGGCCAGGAAGUCGAAAACCCUGAGGUAGCUAUCGAAACCACAGCUACAGGAAGCCACCACCGGACCCUAACGGAAACUGUUCUUGGAAGUGACCCCAGUUAAUCCCCUUUCCUUUCCUAUAAUAAAAUUCAAAUUAACAGUUGAGUAGCCGCGACGAUUACGGCCCCCCUCUUACUAACCCCCCAAAGUUAGGAAAAAUACUCCCGGCAAAUAAAAACUUUAUAAGUGAAAUGCCUUAAUAAAACCAUUUGUAAAUAAAAAAAAAAAAAAAUGACCAA